AUGCUAACGCCCAAGUUCAGUGUCACUCAAGAUGAGGAAUUUUUACGUAUAAGUAUAGUAAUAGCUACCGUUAGAUUCAGCGCUUCAAGCGUUGAAAUGGUCGUUGACGAUAAAGUAUUUAUAUUUCACCUGGCACCAUAUUAUCUAAGGCUUCGUUUCACCCACGGUUUGAUUGACGACGAAAGGUUCAAGGCUGAAUUCAAGUCCCAGGAUGAAACUAUUCAGAUCCAGGUUCCAAAAGAAAAUAGAGGCGAGUUUUUCGAAGAUUUGGACCUGCAGACAAAGCUAUUAGCAAGACAUGGAGAUCUGGUUGGAGCGGACAAUUUGGAAAACGCUUCAGAAACACCACGAAAGGGUCCGUUGAUCCAGGAAGUGUCGUCUUCUCAAGACGAAACCACGGAUUUGGCGGCUCAAGCAGCCUCUACAAAACACUCACACGCUGUGGAAGGUGACGAGUUCAAUUGGGAAAUUGAACAAACCUCUGCGCCAGUUUUCGACGCUGCCAAUCUCUUGAAGCCCAAAUACGGGUUUGACAACAAGUACGAUACGGCCAUAGGCGUUUCUGUUGCAAAUGGGAAUGAUAUCAACGAAUUAGACGAACCGGACAAGUGCAAGAGCGAAGACCGGACUCAAGAAAGACUCCGCAAGGAAAAUUUGAAGUUUGACCCCGAAUACUACGUUUCUGAGUAUAUGACCGCGAAAUAUGGUGAUAAAGAAGAUGCAGAGAUCAACGGGAUUCAAACAAUCCUAAAAUCAACUCCGCCGUUGGCUAAAAAAUUCCUCAAAUGGUACAAACAAGCACAGGAUAAAGACCAGGUCGUGCCAGUUGAGUUUUCUGAGCAAGAACAGAAACAAAUGCGCGAAUAUCUGCCCAAGAAAAGCUACCUUGUGGACGAUGUAAAGGGCCAAUAUUUCACCAUUUUGUCGUUGCUGUUCGCUUACUGCUUCGAGCAAACUGAAAAUGAAGGAGCCCAUAGCACUGAGUCUGGCUGGACAAUUGGGAAACUAGCGCCACAACUAUCGUUUUUAGACCAGCAGAUUGUUUUAUCCGAAGAUGUGGCGCAAGUGUCCAUGAUAAAGGCGAUUAUCGUGACGGGGAUUAGAAGAAGUCUGAGCUAUCCAUUGCACAGAAACUUUGAUCUAUCAUUAAAAGUUUGGAACUACGUCUAUUAUAUUCUUCGCGGCGGAAAAAGAUUGGUCAUUCAGGCGCUACUAGAUAUUCACGAGGUUUUUCGAUUCCACGAUGUCUACUACGUUUACAAUACGAUUCUGAUAAGUGACUUGUGCGCUUGGUUUAUAUCUGGGGGAAGAGAAAGUAUAAUCAGAAGCUUGGCAAUCACGCUGAAAAACGAGUUGGAUCAAACGAAAAAAGAGGACAUUGACUUCGAUUGUAUUUGUGGCGUCGAUGAAGAAACGGGUGAACCUCAAUGGGAAAACCUAACAAUCGAGGAGAUGGAAUAUUUAGCGGAACAGGAAUAUCUAGAGAAACAAGAGGCUAAUGCUUGA